GCGUCCUGACAUCAGCGUCCGGCCACGUUGGCAGCGGAGGGGGCGGGGCCCGCGGCAGCCAGUCGCCGGCCCUGAGCAGCCGGACGCGGGGCGCCGAGCGCGAUGUCUUCGCCUGAGCAGGAGCGAGCCGAGACCCGGGCCGGACACCCCCCUGCCGUGAAAGCUGGUGGGAUGAGGAUUGUGCAGAAACACCCGCACACUCCAGAUGCCAAAGAGGAGAAAGAUAAGGAUGACCAAGAGUGGGAAAGCAGCAGCCCACCUAAACCAACGGUGUUCAUCUCCGGUGUCAUUGCAAGAGGUGAUAAAGACUUCCCUCCAGCUGCCGCUCAGGUAGCUCACCAAAAACCUCAUCCCUCUGUGGAAAAGCUUCCUCAUCCACAACACGUCAAUCAGCACAUCCACCAGCCUCGCAAGUGAGCCCUCUGUCAAAAAGCCAGCCAAACUGCAUCAGUGAAUACAUUGUAGAAAGAAGAGAUUAGAGUUUUUAGAAUUCACACUACCAAAUCAAUAAAACUGGCCUUUAAAAAUGAUAUAUGUUGCUUUCGCCUUAAUUCUCCAUGGUUUAAUAAAAAUGGAGACUUCAUUAGAUUCUGUUACUCCAGAUGGAAAACAUGCUGCUUUGUUGCUGUGUGUUUGCUGAUCAAGAGCAUUACUCAGUUUUUCCAGUUCAUUUUUGCUUAGCAUUGUAAUAUAUCUGUUAUUGCCAAGGCCAAACUUGAACAUAAAUAAUUAAUCUGAUGAAUGGAUUUAGAUGCAGGAUUGCCAUAGCCAAUAGCAGAGGUAGCUUUAAUGUUAAACCUGUUGGGGAUCAUAUAAGAUUUUGUGUUUGGUUUAUUUUAUGUGAGGAGGAUGUUUUUUGAAUUUGUUUGGGAGGUUUGUAAUACGUGGGAGUCAGAUUUUAUAGAAUCUUGCAGUCUGGACUAUAUUUGUGAUCUAGAAUAUAAAAAAGAAUGUUACUAAAAUUUUUAUGCUUUAGAUUCUCUCCUUUGAAUUUAGCCGUGGCAGAGAAGAAUUGACCAGAAACUAUAUUCAAAUGAGGUGUGGGGGGAGGAAUCUAGUUGAUCCUUCAUGAUACAUGUUCCACUUACACCACCUCUUCCAUGUAGACGUUGCACAUUUGAAGCGCUGUAGCUUUAGGUGGGAGGAAUAUGUCAAAAUAGGGGGAAGCCUAUUCUAUGCAGUGUCAUUCCUCAACUCAGCUAUUGGGUCUUGUGAUGGGUAUUUGUGAGACUUCAGGACCCUGUGAAGCCUUUCUAAAUAAAGUGAGCAAUAAGGCAUAACGGUGUGUAGUAAAUCAAUGAGGUGCAAGCAGUCCAAUGCUGUGAAGAAGUGAGCUCCUUUACUUCCCACUGAGAGAGUUGAUGGAACUCAGCAUCUCACAGAAUUGGGCCCAGAAUAGACAGAAGGGUAAAUCCUUUUAAUUUAAAUACGGUAUAUGGCUACUUUUCUAAAAUAUGGACUAUCUGUAACUGUAAAUGUGGAUAACAUCAUCAUGCAUGGUCUGUUAUAUACCAUGUCUGAUGUUUUUUCUAGUCUUUUACCAUAGGCAAGCAGAUGAUUAUACAGAUAAGAUGUACCAUUUUAACUAACAUAAUCUGAUUAGUCAAGGUUAGGUCUGGCCAUGUGUAUAAAUCUUUUUAUGCUUGCACAGUUUAAAAUCACUAGCUCUAUUGAAAUCAGUACCCCUAUCAAUUGCCUCCCACAUCUAAUCUCUAUACACCCAUGAAUAUUUUUUAAAAACAUGUAGCCUGUAUUUUUUAAUAUGUACUUGAAUUUUUAAAGGAAUAUAAAUUCACUAUUGGCUUUAGUACCUUGCAGGAUUAUAGAACUUCACUUCAGAGAAUGUGGCCACUUGGACCAAUAGUGAAGUCACUCAUCUGGCAAACCCUGGCAUCUCUGGGCUGCUCAGGGCUUUGGUAGUGCAUUUAGGGUUAAAAUCAAAUAGCAUGAAAAAGUAGUGAGAGGAGAGCUUUAAAAAUACUCUUUAAAACCAUGCUAAAUAAAGUCAUGAUUAUUCUCUGA